AUGUCGACGCCUCGUUCUUUCGCGCUUCGCACCGGCGGCGGCAGUGCAGGUCUAGGCAAUGAAGCGCCUAGUCCUGCCGCUCUUGCUCGUGCUCAAGAACUGCGUCUUGAACGUCAAGUACGUGCUGCGUAUGAAGCUGCCUGCCUGGCGCUGUUCGCCGAGAGGCUGCCCUAUGAACUGCAAAUGCACGUCCUCUCCUUCAUUCCCAUCCGUCAUCUCGUCAAGAGCAUUGCGCGCGCCGAUCGCUUCUACGCCGAUAUGGUGGAUCGCUACGUGCGCGGCUGUGUGUGGCGAGAGAUGCGCUGUGAAGAAGAGGGCACGGGCAAUCGCUUGAUCUUCGAAGCACAACGUCCAAUCGACACACUGACGACCAAGCACAUCCUCUACUUCUCUCAUUUUGGCCCUGAAGAAGCCGCGGCCGGCAGCCAUCUUGGCGGCGGCAUCACUACGCUGGCGCACUUCAACUUCCUCCCUCCCAGAUCCACCGCUCGAUCUUCGUCGCGCGGCGGCCGCUCUCGUUCGACGUCCAAAGCUCGGGAGCAGGCCGGCAGUGUCCCGAGCGGGCGCUACGCUCCUCAUGGCGCGACGUAUCUCGAGGCAGAACAGCGCUCAGACGUGCCUUACAAUCUGCCCGCCUCUCUGCAAUCUCGACUCAACAACGCGCGCCUCUCCUCGUCAAUUGCUCCUGUGCCGCAGACGUUUGAGACGCCCGAAAGGGCGGAGGAAGGACCGGCGAGAGUACUGCCUCGCACCGGCGAGACACAAGAGGUGCGGCCACUACCGCCUCAAGCGCACGCGCAGGCGCAGACGCAGACACGACGAACAACAGCGACAGGACAGCACAACGACCUGCGCGACUUUACCGAUGUCUCGGCGCCCAAUCUUUGGCGCGAAGGCAGUCGCAGCGCGGCGAGAUUGGUGCACGAUGAGGAGCCCGAUGUGCCUGCUCUCGACGCUCAAGCGACAGAGCGAGAGCACGAAAGCGAAGAGGAAGAUGAGGACGCCGCACACGCCGAGGAGGAAGCGACGACUUGGGAUUCCCUCGGCUCCGCACUGGACGCCUACGACUGGGCCGGACCCAUUUCCUCUUCGCACCCUUCUUCCCGCUCGCGGCGCGCGGCAAGGCAGCACUGCGCCUCGGCUCACUCGCCGACGUACCGCUUCCAGCUGGAUGCGCUCGACUCGUUCGAAUCCUGGUGUCUCUCCCUGACGCUGCAGCGCCGCGAGCGUGCUCCACAGGGAGUGCCGAGAGAUGCGACGCGACAGGUCAGGUAUGGCACUCAAUGGCCUGCGCCCAUGCGAUGGGAGAAGCGUGUGGCAGAGGGCCUGGAUCGCGUCUUUCGAGAGUUCUUCGUGCCUCCUCCGGCGACAGCUUUGCCAGCCGUGCAUGCCGCUGCGGCUUCCUCCUCUUCCUCGAGUGCUCGCGUCUCAACAAAGACGCAGCCACCUCCGGAGCGAGUCCUCGAAUUCGACGGGCCCUCAUGCGUCCUCUCCAUCCAGCCUCACGCGCAUGCGCACGCCUCGUCGGCACACCCGGCCACCUCCUCCUCGUCGCACGCCUAUCUCUCCUUUCCCUCGCUCGCCGACCAGUACUCGGCCGGGCAGGCGCGCCGCGUCGAGCUGACGUUUCACGUGCCCGCCGUGCGCAUCGGCGCCGCUCGCCUCGCGGCGGCGCUGGAGGAUGUGGCGAGCGAUGUGCAGCGCGCAAAGGAGGCGCCGAGGGCCAUGGGCUGGAGCACGUGGGGCGCCGGCACUGGCGGCAACUGGCGCGCUCUAUGA